AUGGUGCAGCUGGAGGUUGGCAGCGGCGCCGCCGCCGGCGCCGCCGACGCACCGGCCGCCGCGCCGCGCGCAAAGGUCGGGUCGCUGCAGCAGUUUGUGGCCGCCGACUCGGACUGCGAGGAGCGCGGCGUCAGCGACUUCCCGGCGUCCGAGGUUCACAAGAUCGCGAUCCUCGAUCUGCGCCUCGGGAACACCGACCGCAACGGCGGCAACAUCCUCGCGCGCCGCGGCGCUGGCGGGGCCUGGGAGCUCGUGCCGAUUGACCACGGCUGCUGCCUGCCCGACCGCUUCGAGGACCUCAGCUUCGAGUGGCAGUGGUGGCCGCAGGCGGAGCGGCCGUUUGACGACGCGGCGCGCGCGUACAUCGCGUCGCUCGACGCGGAGCGCGACGCCGCGACGCUCGCCGCGCACGGCCUCGUGCUGCGCCCCGAGUGCCUGCGCGUGCUGCGCGUCUGCACCAUGCUGCUGCAGAAGGCCGCUGCGGCCGGGCUGACCCCGAGCCAGAUCGCGGGCAUCGCGUCGCGGCAGGCGCUCGGGCGCUCGCCGCUCGAGAAGAUGCACGGCGCGGCGGCGGCGCUGGCCGGCGUCGGCGCUGGCGGCGCUGGCGGUUUUGACGAGGCGGCGUACCUGGGUUACAUGGGCAAACUGAUUGACGAGCUGCUUGAGGACGACUUUGUCCUUGACAACGGCGGGCAGCUGCUGCUGUGA